AGGGUUUAUAAUGAGUGGGCGAAGCCCACCAAUUUUCAGUAUAGCCAGUAAUUACGUAAUCCCAUCCCACAGUAGGUAAUGUACCUCGAAUUAGUGCAAUUUAUUCAAGCCCCGUUAAACGACUAUCGAUACCGGAAUAGGACCUAGGUACUUACGUGUAGGUACCAAAGAUAGGUAUAUUCUUUUCCAUCUCAUAAUUUGUUACCUACCUUGCGUUAGAGGCGGUAUUCCAACCAUGUCCGAAUACUGGAAAUCAACUCCUAAAUACUGGUGCAAGCAUUGUAGCACCUACGUACGCGAUACCAAACUCGAGCGUCAAAAUCACGAAGCUACCGCCAAGCAUCAAGGCGCCUUAAAGCGUUUCCUAAGAGACCUACACCGAAAUCACGAACAAGAGCAACGAGAGAAGGAUCGCGCCAAGCGGGAAGUCGAGAGACUAAAUGGCAUAGUCGGCUCCGCCUCUUCGGAUCAUCACCAUGCAGCAAGCACUAGUAGAACAUCAACUUCAGCCUCGUUGCAAGCGCAAACACAAGCCGCUGGUUCGCAGCGUCAACAGCAAUGGGAGCAAUUGGCCGAGAUGGGCAUUGAUGUGCCAACCGAACUGAGGAGAGAGAUGGCCAUGGCUAGCGAAUGGACCGUUACUAGCAAGAGGAUUAUCGACGAUACACCCAAGGCAGAAGACGAUUCAGAUGCCAAGCCUCAAAAUGUCGAUGCCAUCGCGUCUGGCGUACGGAAGCGACCGAAACAUGAAAGUGGAGUAGACGAGGAAGAAGAGGAGAAUGCAAUCAAGAGUCUAUUCAAGAAGCCUAGGAAAUGGGGUCGCGAUACAAAACAGGCUCCGGAGGACGAUGAAGAGUUAGACGCUCUGCUCAGCGGUGCCCUAGCGAAACCACCCAAGUUCGAGGAUAAUCCUCAGGAUUCUAUUGAUGAAACAGCCGAUUUACUAAGGGGGACGAAAGAAACCCCAACAUCUGAUAUAAAAAAGGAAGAAACGACCGACGACCAAGCGCUAUGGUCUAUCAAACCAGAGUCCCAAGAGAAUCAUCAAGAUGCGCCCGUCAAGCAAGAAGGGAACGCGGAGAGUAAUCCACCCACUGUGGUUUUUAAGAAGCGAAAGCCUAAGAACAUUCGUCAGAGAUGAGCCUCGUCUAACGGGAUUCUAUUCUAGUAGCAAUGAUCUACUUAGACGUUGUGUUUCUAGGUCCUAUUUGAGGCAGCCUAUGCGUCGCAAAGCUGGUCGCUUGGCAUCCCACUCUUAUAUCUACACGGAGCGUGUACUACUAUUCGUAUCGUGGUGUGGGGAGUCCGGAUCUCGUAAGCUAACAUCGAAAAGCUAUAGGCAUACUAUCUACUCAACAGAUCGGUUAUCCAAGAACCUGAACGCGAACUUACCGCAUAUAAUACCGGCUAUCCUUGGUGCUAACCUCCUAACCUAGAGGAUAUCCAAAUAAAAAAUGAUUCAAUUACCAAGUCGAGGUGGAUGUGCGUAAAGCCAAGCUC